ACCGAGGCCUUUAAAGCAAUAGGCAAUGCUUUUGCAGUUCUGAGCAACCCUGAGAAGCGACUGCGAUACGAUGAACUGGGGAGCGACCAAGAGCACGUCAGCACUGGCCAGGCCAGGCACUACAAUUACUACACAGAGUUUGAAGCAGACAUUACACCAGAAGAAAUAUUCAAUGUGUUUUUUGGUGGGCAUUUUCCUACAGGAAAUAUCCACAUGUUCUCAAAUGUAGCCAGAGAUGCACAUUAUUACCCACGGAGGCACCGGGCCGAAAGGGCAUGGACACAGGAGCAGGAGGAGGAAGACAACAGGCCACAGAAUUCCUAUUCUGCAUUUAUCCAGUUGAUGCCAGUGUUCAUCAUCAUAGUAGUGUCAGUGAUAACCCAGCUGAUGGCCACCAACCCUCCCUACAGCUUAUUCUACAAGUCGUCCAUCGGCCACGUCAUUAUCAGAGAAACAGAGAACUUGCAGGUGCCUUACUAUGUCGAUAGGAACUUCGAGAAGAAUUACCAAGGAGCAGAACUCCAAGAGCUCGAGAAGACGGUUGAAAAGGAUUACAUAGACUAUAUUCAGACCAGCUGCUGGAAGGAGAAACAGCAAAAGUCUGACUUGUCCAAUUUGGCCAAGCUCUACAGAGAUGAGAGGUUAAAACAGAAAGCAGAAUCCCUGAAACUUGAGCACUGUGAGAAGCUCUCCAGUCUGAUUGGGAUGCACAAAGGGGGCUGAGCAGAAUGCACACGUUCCAUAGUUUUAUUUAUUGCUGUUUUAAGUUAUGUUUUUAUUUUCCUUCAUAUAAAAAGGGAAGGAGUCUAUUGUAAGGAGUGGAUAUUGGAGUCCUUCUGCAUGUAGUGCAGAGAAGGGCCAGCACGAGCUGCAGAGCUGCUGUUUGCUGUAAUAUAUCCUGUACAUUAGAUUCGGUUCCAAGGACCAGUGGCACUUUGUACAUUCAUUCCAGGGAGUUUCUCUUAGUUUGGAACCCUUCUGAAUCCAAACAGUGUGUGCUUCCCAGGAGAGCACGCACAUGCCUCGGCUUUCCAUGUUUUCCGUGGAGCUGAUCCAGUGGAUCCCGUGGACAGUGUUGUGCUCAGUGCUGGCUGUCAGCUCCCCUUCCCAUUCAGCACCCAGGCUGUCCCUGCCUCCACAGCGCUGUGAAGGAAUGGUGGGGUGAUUCCAGUGUCCUGUGCAGUGCUGAGGGCAGGAGGGACAGGUACCUGCCCCAGCUGAGCACCUGAGCACACUCCCAGCCCUCCCUCUGUCCAAGGGACUGUUCCCUGUGCUGCUCCACGGGAGGGCCGUGCCCAUCCUGCUCCGUGUGACACCAACACCACCAAGAAGAUGGGAGUGUGAACUGCACCAAUUCCAGUGGCUGCAAAACUGUAAGGAAAGGACAACCAUGUUGAUUUUCUCAUGUUUUCAGUGGCAUAUUUUGAAGCUGGCUGUUACAUUCUGACUUGGAUCUGCACACUCUUCUCCAGCUGCUCCAGGGGCCCUGCUUUUCCCGGUACAGUUCUCAUGUAGCAUAUUUUUACUCUGCUGAGCAGUUAUGAAUGUUUCACUGUAGCCAUCAGUACUGCAAAGAAAAAGACCCAUGUGGUAGUGUC